AUGAUGAACGCAGAGGGAUGCCUGACGCUCAUGGAGCGUCACGUCCAUGAGGCGGAAGUAACAUGGGCGGAGGGCCGCCUCAAGCUGGCCAAGAGCGGCUUUUGCGACCAACACCCCUACAUUCGCCUUCGCAAAAAGAAGUGGUUCGGCAAGGAAAAGGUCAUCCUGAACACUUGUCCUCGUUGCGACGAAGAACAUCAGCUCCGCAUGGAUGUAAUGAGGGUUCAGCUGGAGCACAUGAAACAGACACUGCGCGUCAAUGGGUCGCCCGUCCAUGGCAACGCUGCAACUGCUCUCCCAGCGGCCACCGCAGCGCCGCUCUCUCUGGCGCCUCCUACACUACCACAGUUGUCACAGCAGACGGCAACUCUCUCAGCGGCCUCCACUCCAGCGCCGCUCUCACCGACACCUCCAACGCUACCACAGUUGACGGCAGCUCAGCCGGAAGAGACAACGCCACCAAAAGCAGCCCGGGAAGCACGAGGAAGAUUUGCUCGAUUGAUGUCCAGCCGCGGGAAACCACAAACCAUGAGCUGCCAGAAUUUGGAUCAGUCUGCCAUUGCUCAUUCCUUGCCGGAGCGGAGCUCCAGUUGCCGGGCUGUCCUCGGCGUCAUUCCUGACGAGGGCGAACACAGUGAUGACGAAGGAGAAGAUGAAAUCGAAGAGCCACAGUGUCACCAAUGCUUGCGCCACAGUACCAGUUUUGGAGAUCUUCCUGGCAGUUUGCUACAACAAAAUCCCACCUCUUUGCCCCAGCAUUCCUUUGAAUCCAGGGCGGAGAGAAAAAAGGAAGAUCCACCGGUUUGGGAUCCAAAUGAUUUCAUCCAAGAUGAUGAUGAUGAAGAAGAAGAGGUCGACUUAAGGGCAGAAGCAUCAUCCAAGCCAGCGCCUGAACCAGCGAGGAAGUUCUCGCCUGAACCAGCGAGGAAGUUCUCGCCCGAGCCUUUUGAGCCAGCUGCCACAUCGUCUCCAAAACCCAGACAACCGUCCCCCGACACUCCUCUUGAGCCUGCUCCCUUGGUGCCAGCCAAGCAACCAACACCCAAAGAGCCAAAGUCACCCGAGCCACAGCACAAAGAACCAAAACCAUCCGAGCUGCCACAACACAAAAAAGAAGCACCCAAACGAGAGGACACCAUGUGGCUGGCCAAGGAACAAGAAAAACGACGGAAACGAAUCGGAGCCGUGGCCAUGAAUGGCAAUUCCAGCACUACCAGCACUCUACAGGACAUGACAGAAUUUGCCAAGUAUGCCAUGAGCUCUGUCACCGAGUUUCAACAAGCGCCCACCGUGGAUCCAGAGUCGCCCACCGGUGUCAAGGAUUGUUCUGCAAUCAUGGAACAAGAGGCCCUGCCCCCCUGCUUGCUCAAUAAUACAUGUAAUAAGGACCUACUACCACAAGACAAGGUCAACGCCAAGAUCAAUGCCUUGAAAUGGUCCUGCAGACAUCCACACCAAGCGGAAGAAGUCCUCCACGAACUCCAAGCACUGUGUCAGGAUUCCGAAGACAACCAAAUCACAGUGGUCAUGGGGGAUGGUUUGGGAUCCGUCCUGGAUAUCAUGAGGGCGUUUCCCUUGCAUGCCGGAGUGCAAGAAGAAGCCUGUUGGGUUCUGGGGACGCUGGCAUGUGAAAAUGACGACCACAAGUCGUUGAUUGCCGAAGCCGGGGGCAUCAUCGCCAUUGUAUCGGCCAUGAAGAGAUUAGGCAAUCAUUCCGACUUUCAGGAGACUGCCUUUGAGGUUUUAACCCAUCUCACUGAGGGACACUUGCUCAACAAAAUUGCAGUGUGUGAGUCGGGAGGUGUCACCGCAAUCGUGGAGGCCAUGGAGCGGCACUUGUCGUGCUGUAGCGUCCAAGCCAGGGGAUGUGCCGCGUUGGAAAAUCUUGCCGUGGAUGGAGCGCAAACCGUAAUUGUGGAAUCGGGGGGGAUUUCGGCCGUGUUUGCGGCCAUGAUGGAGCACAAGUACGAUGCGGACCUCCAGGCAUGUGCCUGUGCUGCCUUGGGGAACUUGGCGUACAACAACGCCACGGCCAAGUUCCUGAUUGCUCAAGCGGGCGGGAUCGGGUUUAUCCUUGCGGCCAUUCGAAAUCACGACCGUGAAGUAUCCGUGUUGGAGCCAGCCUACUUUGCGCUGCAAAACCUGGCACACGACAACCCCGACAAUAAGGACAUGAUGGUGGAUUGUGGCGUCAUCAACGCAGUCCUUGACUGUUUGCUAUGUGCUCAGGUUCCUGCUUGUGAGACCCUCAUCAUGAUCAUCCGAAACCACUCCAAGGCCAAAGAUGCGCUGGCCCAGUUGGGUGGCGUCGCCGCGAUGGUGGUCAUCUUGCGGAGCCCAAGCACCGAAGACUGCUCUGUCCAGCAAGCUGCUUGCCGAGUUCUGAUGAAUCUGGCACACAAGCACGACAACAACAAGGUCCUGAUUGCUGGCGUUGGUGGCGUCUCGGCCAUCAUGUGCUCCAUGAUACAAUUUGCGAACGUUGCCGAGUUCCAAGAAUGCGCCUGUGAAACUCUAACCAGUUUGACCGUCCACGACGAGAAUAAGAUCCUGCUGGCGGAAGCAUAUGGCAUUGAUGUUGUAGUCGCGGCCAUGAGCAACCACCCCAACCAUUGUGGAAUUCAAGCGGCUGGGUGCAGGGUGCUGGUGAACCUCGCUCGUAGCGAAAGCCUCCGCGAGACGAUCACUGAAUGCGGUGGUGUGGUGGCGAUAUUGGCCGCUAUGGACAACCAUGCGGAGAAUGCCACGAUCCAAGAAAAGGCUUGUGGUGCUCUUCGGGAAUUGGCUAUGAAUGAUUCCAAUGAAGUCAUCAUUGUGGAAGCUGGAGGUGUUGAGGCCAUCUUGGCAGCCACAAAGAUGCAUGAGCAUCGUGGAUUCCUCCGCAACGCCUGCGGGGCGCUGCGAAAUCUUGCGUUUCACGACGAAGAACUCCAAGCCAGAAUAGCGGAAGCGACGCGCCAUGGUCCCUUGCGCGAGGUCAUGGAACAUCUGGCCAACGAAUCGGAUGGUCCCUCCGACAGCUCUUCUGCGAGCGCAUAG